AUGCCUCCCAAGUUCGAUCCCUCCGAGGUCAAGGUCAUCCACCUCCGUGCGACCGGUGGUGAAGUCGGUGCCUCCUCCGCUCUCGCCCCCAAGAUCGGUCCUCUCGGUCUCUCGCCCAAGAAGGUCGGUGAAGAUAUCGCCAAGGCCACCGGUGACUGGAAGGGUCUUCGCGUCACCGUCAAGUUGACCAUCCAGAACCGUCAGGCCGCCGUUUCCGUCGUUCCCUCCGCUUCUUCCCUCGUCAUCAAGGCCCUCAAGGAGCCUCCCAGGGACCGCAAGAAGGAGAAGAACAUCAAGCACACCAAGUCCGUUCCUCUUGAUGAAAUCAUUGCCAUUGCCAAGACCAUGCGCUUCAAGUCCAUGGCCAAGGACCUGAAGGGUACCGUUCUCGAGAUCCUCGGAACCGCCUUCUCCACCGGUUGCCAAGUUGACGGCCGCAGCCCCAAGGAUGUCUCCGACGACAUCAAGUCCGGCGAGAUCGAGAUCCCCGACGAGGAGUAA